AACUAUUUCACCACAGUAUUUGACAUUAUGUUUUUGACAGUUAACCUUAAUCCGUAACAAAACAACGAAACUACCAAAAUCAAAGAAUACCCGGAAGAUUAAUAAGAAGUGUAAUAAUUCACUUCAUUUAAGCUUGGACUGUGUGUGUGUGUGUCAAUCGCUGCUGGGGAAAUAAAGUAAAGUGACAUUUAAGUCAGCCAAACUCCGCUUAAAUACCUUUAAAAAGUUUAUUUCGUUUGUUUUUUCUUUAUAACUUUAUCCAAAUUUAAAACAUGACCAGCCGAGAAAGACGAGCAAACGCCGGUAAUCGGAUGGCUAAAUUGUUAGAUGAAGAAGAAGAAUGUCAAGAUGAAUUUUAUAAAACUAAUUAUGGUGGUUUUGAGGACACAGAAUCGGAUAAAGAAUAUGAAGAAGAAGAGGAAGGGGAAGACGUAGUUGAUUCAGAUUUUAGCAUAGAUGAGAAUGAUGAACCAAUUUCUGACAAUGAGGAGGAGGGGCAAAAGAAAAAACGAAGAUUAGUUACAAAAGCUUAUAAAGAACCUGUGGCAGCUCCUACAAAGCAGAAAGUGAAACCAAAGCCUGCAAAGCCAAUUUCAAGACUAAAAACAAUUCCACAUCCAUCAACAGAUUAUGAAAGAAAAUCAAUUAGAAAAUCCACAGCAGCCAAAUCAGCAGCAACAGCUCAAAGAAUUAAAGUGCGUAAUCUUGAACAAAGAAAGAAAGUAAAGAGACCCAAAGAAGAAGAAUGGAGACCAACACAAGAGGAAUUAUUAGAAGAAGCAAAAGUUACUGAACAGGAAAAUUUAAAAUCAUUAGAGAAAUAUCAAAAAAUGGAAAGUGAGAAAAAAACAAAACGAACUGUUAAGAAAGUUGUAAGUGGUCCUGUCAUACAGUAUAGGUCAACCAGGAUGCCCAUCAUUGAAGAAGUUGAGACCAAAAAGAAAGAUGUCAAAACAGAAUCAGCUGAAAAUAUUUGUGAACGCACAUUCAUAACAGUAAUUAACGACCCUAAUGAUGAAACGUUCAAUACAGUUUUUGAAAAAAAAACUGCACGGUCUUUACCUCGAAGGCUUCGAUGUACAGUGACUGGGCAUGCAGCAAAAUAUGUUGAUCCUAAAACCUGCUUACCAUACCACAGCAGUAUGUGCUUGAAAAUAAUUCGUUCGGCAUAUUACCAACAGUUGGAAGCUCAUGGAGACAGAAAUAACCCACUGGUUGCUAAUUGGCUAAAGUGGUAUGUAAAAAAUAAGGAUAAACUAAGAAGGGAACUUGCGCUAAGAAUUAAAACACAUCAAAUUGAUCGUAACUGAUUUAUUAAUUUAAUAAAAUUUUUCUAAGAA